ACAGCAGCAUGCAGUGAUGGGUGGAGCAGGACGGGAGGAGUGCGAGGGAAACGUUCUCACAUCCUCUAACAUUUAUCCAACAUUGUUUCUGAAGGGAAUCCUGUUCAGUCAAGAGCUCUGAGUCACAAUGUCAUUCACUGACAAGCUGGCCGUCAUCGGGGGAUUUACUGUGGUCUUCCAGCUGCUGAGACUGGCCUGGAGGUGUUGGUGUGGAUUUAGACAAUUUGUUUUGUCAGAGCUUUGGCAUGUGGAUUUAAAGACCUAUGGGCAAUGGGCAGUUGUCACUGGUGCCACAUCUGGCAUCGGCAAAGCUUAUGCCCGUGAGCUGGCACAAAGGGGCCUGGAUGUGAUUUUGGUAAGCAGAUGUGACGAUAAACUUCGAAUGAUUGCCAAAGAAAUAGAGGAACAGUACGGACAAAAGACUCGCACCAUCCAAGUGGACUUCACAGACAGCCAAAGAAUCUACCCUGCUAUAGCUAAACAACUAGAGGGACUGGAGAUCGGGAUUCUGGUUAACAAUGUAGGGAUGACCUACUCUGAUCAUUUUGCCUAUUUCCUGGAAAUACCAGAUGCUGAGCAGAAAAUAACUCAGAUUAUCAACUGUAACAUGCUGUCAGUCCCUCAGAUGACCCGACUGGUUCUUCCAGGCAUGGUUGAAAGGUAUCAUCACAAACAUCCAGAUGUUACCGGUUCAUAUGAAGUCAUGAGAAUAUAUGAUGAAUUUAUGGACAUUUGUCUUCUCAGAGGGAUAGGGCUGAUUGUCAACAUGUCCUCUGAAGUGGGCGUCCGUCCACAGCCUUUGUUGUCCCUUUAUUGUGCCACUAAGGUGCUUUCUCACUCGGACAUCACGUCAUUUAUGUGCCUCCAAACACACCCUGACCGCUUACCUGCAUAUUCACUGAAACAACUUCAUGACACUUGCUUUGUGACUUUCUUCUUUUCAGAGUUUUGUAACGUUCUUCUCUCAGUGUCUGCAUGCAGAGUACAAAUCAAAGGGAAUUAUUGUUCAGUGUGUGGCCCCCUUCAUGGUGUCCACCAACAUGACGAAACACAGGACAGUCAACUUCUUCGUGAGGAGCGCUUCCGGUUUCGCCCGCGAGGCCUUGAACACCGUUGGUCAAUCCAGCUACACCAGCGGCUGUCUGUCCCACGCGCUGCAGAACACGGCUCUUACAAUACUCCUGCCGGACUGGUUUCGUAUGUCGUCAUUCGUCGUGAGAAAGCUACGGGACUUUGCAGCAGCCAGCCGAGGAGACAGAAACGCGUGCGAGGAAAAGAAGCUCGGUGAAAAGAAGGAGUAGUCACGUGUCGUCGUAUCGACGUAAAUGUUCACUUUUACAGCUGAAAAUUGGCUUUAUAAUCCUCACCAAAAGUCCACUGCACGAAUUCCUCAAAAUGUGUGAGCUACUGUUCUGUGGUUACUGUAAUAAAUAAACUUCACUAAAAUGUU